AUGACAAGCGAAAAUAGCGAUCUAAUUUUGAAAAAGCAAUUAUUCACAGCCGAAAUCGUUCCUGAAAUUAAACCAUUUAGAAAUGGGUUGUCCAAUGGCUUUUGGUGAACUAAAUAUUCCGUCUUCACGUGCCUUCUGGGAUGAUUGUGAUGAGGACGAGCCAGUCCAAAGGGAUACGGAAACAAAAAAACUCGAAUUACUGUACGAACCAAAUGAACCCCAAACGCCUUUACCCAGUAAGAUAUUUCUGUUAAUUGAGGGUAAGGACGUGUCAGAAUUUGUGGAAGCGGCUUUAUUAGGAGGAGCUCGGAAUAUAUGUAAAUUGCCAUCACCUAAGUCAUCUUUGCAUUAUGUGCAGGACAAGGAACUUUUGAUCGCGCUGUUGCAGGAAGAUCUAACAAAUAGUGGUGAAUUGACAGAGUUAUUACUUCCGUAUGCGAAAGAGGCGGAAAAAGUUAUUACGUUGACCGUAAAAUCCAAAAUAGAGUAUCAGAGUGAAAAUUUGAAAUGUGUACGUGAUGACAUUACCUUCAUAAGGGGCAUUACUUCCAAAUCGUCCCAAGUCGAAGAGCUUGAACCACCUAAUUUCGUAGUGGGUGUGGCAGCUGGAAUUGCUUGUUGGAGGCACAACGCGAACUUGCCUUCGUCGGCCUAUGUUGCCUAUACUGACAAUGUCUCGUUGGAUACAUUGGCUGCAAAGCCCAUAAUAAAACUGCUACAAGAAGUGGGGAUAGAUUGUAAGGACAGUUACAAACCUAUUUAUAGAGAAGCGUCUCACCUAUAUAUGUAAGAUUUUGUAAAGGUGCUAAAGGGUUAAAAACUUUAUAUUUUUAUAUAUACAAAAGUUAAAUAAUUGGUGAGAAGAAAUAUGAACAAUUUGGGAUUGUUAAAAUGAA